UAGUGGGCGGGCUCACAUCUUAUCAAGGGAGAGGGCCAAGGACUGGUUGCAAAUCGGAAAGAAAAAAUGGCGGCCGUGGCUGCAGAGCCAGGAGCUGCUGCGGCAUCAACAACAGCAGGGGAAGAGGUCGAGUUCGAAUCGGAAUCAGCUGAUCAUGAGGUAAAACUGAGUGCAGACGUAACUCAGGGCUCUACGCCGAUAAUGGACCUUUGUCAGCAACACAGAGAUGUGGAUGCAGUUCAGGAAUGCAGUCAGCUCCAAAUGGAGAUAGUGAGAAGGCCGGACAUAGAAGCCGCGGGAAAAACCCUCUUUGCUCAUGGAGAUGAUGAGGACGACAAAACUGGUCGUCUCAGUAGCGAAGGGCACAAUACCGCGGAUGAUGAUUUUAAGGACUACAAACUGAAAGACAAUUUAAUGACGGAGGGGUGGAAAGAACAGUGUUCCCCUAAUUUGGAGGCUGCAAACGAGGUCAGUCCUCACGACUCUCACGCCUGCCUUUUGCCUAGCUCCAUCUCCGUCUCUCAGCCAUCAGUGGUCUUUUUGCAUUCUCUCCCUGCUCAUCCCUCUGUAACAGAAACUGGGUUAUCACUGGCUGAACCGGCCGAACCAGCAAUCGUGGGAUUGAACCUAGAAUCCAUCGAUCAUUUCAGAGAACUGAUAAAGCCCUCUUGUGAAACAGACCCAGUUCCCGAAUCCGCAUGUGAUGCUCCUGGUUCAGAAUCCAUGCCCCCGGAAGAUGCUCUUCACGAAUGCCCGCAACAUACCGACCAUCCACAGUCUUUGUCAAUUUCAGAGAGUAAUUCGAAUCUCGGACCAUCCGUGGACGAAGGCUUCACAGGUGACUUUUCAGCCGUUACUGCAGAGCACUCACCCCAACUUCCCCUUGUUGGGGAUACGGUCCUGUCAUCUCCAGUACCAGUGGACUCAUGCUCGUCCCAACGGAGGUUCGAGACGGAUCCUUGCGAGAUAAAGGCUGAGCCCAAAUCAUCCUUACCCAUAUCAGAAACAACAGGGUCACCGCUCGAAACAGUCGAGCACCUAAUACCUGGCUCUGAGGUUCGAGUAUCUUUGGAUCACAUCAUCGAUGACGCAUUGGUCGUGUCAUUUCGUUUAGGCGAAAAAAUAUUUUCUGGAGUGCUCAUGGACCUCUCUAAGAGGUUUGGACCCUAUGGAAUUCCAAUUACAGUACAUCCGAAGAGAGAAUAUAAGGAUAAGCCAGAAUCUAUGCAACUAAAAGCAGUAUCUUCUCAACCAGAAAUCGAGAAAGGAGGUAGUCAAGAUGCCACUGAUGCCCCCCGGAAAGACCCAGCGGAGGGUUGCAAUGUUCCUGAACCCACCCCUGAACCCCGGCCAAACCCAUGGACCUCAAAACCACCUCCCUUGUUUCAAGAUGGGGCUCCUUACCCGCCGCCAUUGUUCAUCAGGGACACGUACAACCAGUCAUUACCUCAGCCUCUGCCCCGAAAGAUAAAGCGCCCGAAGCGCAGGCUAUACCGAGAGGAACCCACGUCCAUAAUGAACGCCAUUAAGCUGCGCCCACGACAAGUACUGUGUGACAAGUGCAAGGGUGCCGUGGCAAUGGGAGACAAGCGGGAGACGCGGCGAGGCCCGGCGUCUGAUUGCCGGACCGAUGAUGCCAAACGGCGGCGCAACGACAACACCGCAGCAGCUGCCGCCACUGGCAAACGGCCCCGGAAUGACCACCGGCCUGAAGAGAAAGUCCGUAGUUCUGACGGACCCAAACGGCAGACUCCAGGCAUCCGUAUCUCCUCCACAUCCUCCUCUCUUGGCUCAGUGAAGGGAGGGGCAGGUGGGAACAGGGGGGUGUCAAGCACAGCAGGUAAUAGCUCGAGAGUCCAGCUCAACACCAAGAAGGUUCUGCAAAGCAAAAACAUUGACCACGCCAAGGACCAGGAAGUGCUCAAGAUGGUGAAGGCGCAGCGACAGCAACGGGAGACGGUGUCCGGCAGCAGUGGCAACACCAAGGCUUUGACCAGGGCCGCCGCUCUGCAAGAGGCCCACCAGAAGGUUCACUUCACCCGACGCCUGCAGCAGAUCAGCGGGGGUGGCCCUGGCAUCUCCAACCCCCUGCCACCCAGGAUGCGCAUCAAGCCCCAAAGGUACCGUAACGAAGAGAACGACUCUUCUUCUUGUAAGCCUCCUUGCCUUGAGAAAGUGCCGGGAAGUGGCCAUUUGUCGCUGCCCAAGCCCGGCCCGCCCCGCUGCCCCUCCACGCGCUCCUCCUGCUCCUCCUCCUCCAGCUCCACCGGUGAGGCGGCCACUGAUGCUGAAAGCCUGGGUCCCGCCAAAGCGACCGACCCUGAGCCCAGGCCGCUGGGCCAGUCCCAAUGCCAGCCCCUCCCUCUGCCAGAGCCGGAGCCUGAGACGGCCAUGGAGUGCAGGGACACAAAGGUGGGGCCCGAGGAACAGGAGGGGCGGGAGGAGGAGAAGCAGCAGGAGGAGAAGCGGGAGGAGAAGCGGGAGGAGAAGCGGGAGGAGAAGCGGGAGGAGAAGCGGGAGGAGAAGCGUGAGGAGAAGCGGGAGACACGCGGGAGCAAGGCCGGCAACCUCGUGGUUUACGUGUCCCUUAACCCCAGCCAGCCUGACUCCUCUAAUACCUCCAUGUGCAGUGUUGAUAGCGCAGAUGAAAUAAAGUCUACGAACUCUGAGUGUAGCUCGACCGAAACCUUUGACUUUCCCCCUCCUGGCGCUUUGCCCUCGCCCCCCGCCCCUGGCACAUCCUCCGCAGUUGUUACCGCCGCCGCUUCCUCGUCCGACGCGACGGACGAAACAAAACGCAGUAAAUCUCUCAAAGGUGCAAAGGUCUUUUCCAAAAAUGUCUCAAAGUUCGUUGCCUUGGAUGGCAGGACCAUUUGCGUAGGGGACAUUGUUUGGGCCAAAAUAUAUGGCUUCCCUUGGUGGCCGGCCCGCAUUUUAGUAAUCCAACUGAGCCGCAAAGAUAACGGGCUCUUAGUCAGGCAGGAGGCCCGUGUCGCCUGGUUUGGUUCGCCAACCACCUCCUACCUGGCACUUACACAGCUCGCGCCCUUUCUAGAAAACUUCCAGUCACGCUUCGACAAGAAGAGAAAGGGCUUGUACCGUAAAGCCAUCACAGAGGCGGCUAAGGCUGCCAAGCAGCUCACACCUGAGGUUCGCGCCCUCCUCACACAGUUUGAGACGUGAGGCGCUUUGCCUCUGGGCAAGUGAAAGGUAGGCAAAGCAGGCACCCACUUUUGUCCCCCUGUCCCCCAUGUGAGCUUAGUCUUCAGCCAUCAUUCUGACAUAAAGAAAAGUGUCAGGUUAGGACUACUUUUACUUUCCCUAGCACGUGGAAAGGGGAACACCACAGAGAAAGGACAUAUCAGAACAGAAAAAGAGGUUUGGGUGUUCAAUGAAGGCUGUUUUGCAUCAUGAUUUUAAACACUACAUGUUCACAUUGGAUAGGUUUUUUGGUUGUUUUAAAGACAUUUUGUAAACAUUUUGCAGAUGGUAACAUAGCAGCUAAUCUCAACAUUGAGCUCCUCUGUCUAGGUUUUAUCUUUAGAUCUCAUGUGAUUGCAUUCUCAAACAUGCCUGUCUUUAAUGUUGAUUACAUAAACCAUGUCCAUCUGAUAAUUUAGGAAUGAGUGUGCAAGUUAGGUCUGUACCUUUUAAGAUGAUACAUUUAUUUGUGAAAUGCAUGAAACAUUUUAGGUUGUAGAGAGGGCUCAACAUAUUCAAAGCAAUAGGGUUUUCAUACCACAGGUAGUAGUGCAGACACACUUCAGUGUGGACACCCCCAUACCCAUGAAUUUGUCAGAUAACCCAUGCUCUGGAAAAACAGAAAAACAUUUCUCCCAUAUAAUUACCAUUCUCCACCACGAGGGCCUAGACUGUUACUAUAUCCACAGAAACAAAAAGAUGUACCUUUUUACAUCGCCAAUGAUUAUAUUGUAAGUCCACGUUAUCUUUAUCCUCUACCUACUGUAUAAGACCAGGGGCUGUCUGUACCUUGAGAGUUAAGCAGGCCACGUAUGCUCCCGCUCCUACUGGCACUAGCCCCAAUCAUGAGUUCAAAUUCCAGGGAGCACAAGCACUGAUGAGGUGUAUGUCACCACAGUGAAAUGUGUCUAUAGUGUGCACAGUGAGCAGGUUCCUGCUCUGUUGCUACAUGUAAAAGGGAAAAAAGAUUGUUAUUUUUCCCUGGUAUGGAUAUUGAUGCUAAUGGCCUGUAGGUUCUGUGUGAAGAAUACCCAAGAUGAAGUAUUAUAUGAGAAUCAUGGAAAUUGUUAUGAUUAUUUUGGAGCUUUAUGUCUUGGUGAAUAGUAUGGAUUGAGAACACCUUUUUCAAGUGUUAAAAUGGUAAGAGCGAUUGUCCUCAGAAAUGUUAUUCGAAUAACGGUAUUGUGGAAGACACUUCUAAUCCGUUUGAAUGGGUAGUUGUUCCAUAGCGUCUCGCAAGGUGUCCUGUGUAUUAGAUGAUAGAUGAUAGAUGAUAGUGUGAUGACACCAGUGAGACGUCUAUGGAAGCAGCUGUGUUUUGGAUUGCGUUGUUUCGUUGAACCUAUGGCUGGCCAAAGCUGCCGGUUGUGGAGUUCUGGCUCUGAAGCAGAGAAAGCUCUUGAUCUUGCCGUGGCACAAGGCCAGCAGUGGAUCUCCAGGCGGCGGCACCAGUGUUCUGAGGAGCUGCCCGUAAGCCAAAUUCACCUUAAGUGCCCGUGAGAGGAGUGCCAUGCUGCUCUUGUCUCCCCCUCCCCCUUCCCCCAUGUUCUCCCUGUAUGCCUGGAAAAGAGAUCACGGUUGACCGCAGAGAGCCUGGCAGCCGACCACACGGCUUUAGUAUCUAUAGCCCCAGCUCUUUUUACCUCUUGUUUGUCUGAUUUACCCAUGUGUGUGUCCCAUUUAUUUAAUUAAAAAAAAAAAUCCAGUCCCACCUUUUUAUUCUGUUCUGGACAGUGGAGCUCAUGUUUGGUGUAUGGCACGGGUAGUGUUGUAUUGAAGGUGUGCACACUUGAGAUGAUCGCUUUCAUUUGUAUCUUACUGCAGAGCACAACAAAUAUGUGCAUAGAUGCAGACAACCUAAACCUGUCACAACAUUUCUUUUGUGCUUUGAGCUGUGUGGGGCUUUUUGAGGUUUGUCAAAAACUAAGUUGUCCCAAAUAGCUUAUUUUUGCGAGUUGUCUCAAAUUUUAGUGUUAUGAUACAGCUGUACCCUUUGCUGGGCAAUGUCUUUGAAUUUUUUCUGUGGUGUGCCUGAACUUUAUUUUCUGCCAUUUGACUAGUUUGGCUUGUCCGGCUGUGAAUCUUGAAUAUGUACAUAAAUGCGAAAAUAUGCAAUUCAUGUGUACGUAGAUGCAGUGCUCGCAAAUGGAACUGAGGCUUUGGAAGAGACAGCCUGAGAGCCUGCCUCAGAACUGAGAAUAAAAUGGUUGUGCGUUCAUGUGGUUUGAAGGGGGAGAUUUUUGAGAACGUACUACCUGUUCCUAUUUCAUGAUGGUUCACUCUGUGACAAGCACAUCCCAUCGAACUUCUCUAUUAACACCCUUCCACUAUGAAAAAGGGAUGUACUGUAGGCCAGCCUGGUCUCUUUUUCCCCUCCUUUGCUCUCAUUCAGUAGGUAGAGAUCUUAAGACCAGAGUAAGCUCAAUUGGUAUUUGACAACACACUAACUGACUUUGACCUUUUGUCAAAACCAGAGAAAUUUUUUUUUAAUUUAUUUUGGUGGUUGGUUUGUUUGUUGUUUUGAUUUUCGAUUUUUAUUUUAUUUUUAAAAACAAAUCUGUUUGCAGGUCAGAGAAUGCUGUAAAUCCUUUGAGAACAAGUUACAUUUGAAAAUAUUGUGUAAAUGUUUCUGUUUCAAGAUUAUAUAAAUAAAAUGUGAACAAAAAGAA